AUGCGUGUGCAUUGCGACAUGAAGAUGUACGUAGAUGCGUCUUUAGUGCUUUUGCCUUUUACAUGUAUCAACUUUGGCAAUAAUGAUGAAUGGAUUAUAUUAACAUUCUUUUCUUGUUCUACUUUCUAUUAUCCUAAUAUCAUCUUUCAUCACAAGGGCUCGGAUCACGAAAAAUCCAAGAGCCUUCAAAUUAAAGACGUCGUAAAGUCAAUUAGCAGUUCUGACUUCGUCCAACUCAAGGUCAUUCCGGGCAAUAAAGAGAGGACAAAAAGUCUCGCCUCUCAACCAACUUAUCGUACUGUGGAAGCCCUUUAUGAUCAGCGCAAUGUCAACAGUCCUAGGAAAACUCAUGGGGGCCGUCAUGCUGGCACUAUCGAAGCCCAUAGGCUAGGUAUAAGUCAGGAUGAUAUUAAGCAGGCGGGCGGUGGACCGCAAAACGAGGCUGCAUGGAAAGCUUUUAUUUGCCAUGCUUGCCUUCGAGGUUUGUUCUUGGGAUGGCAGGGUUCUAUUCUAAGUCAUUCUUCCUCCUUCGGAACUCUAUCAGGCCAUCGAUGAGAAUAUGAAGAAAUUUAAAUAGAGUUCUGUGCUAGUUGUAUAUUUUGAAAAAAAAAAAAAAAAAACGCGUAAAUUCAAAUUAGCCUGCUUCAUUUCUAACUCUUUGUCUUCCUUCUCUCUGAGAUAGAUAAAAUUAGCCGUCCUUUCCAUAAUGGUAUUUAUAAAUAUCACGGACAUGCUAGCUAUUUUGAUUAGUUCAUUAGCUUAUAAUUAUUUAUUUUUCUUAAUGCAAGCUAUAGGUCCUCACUACUGAUACCUUAGUUGCCUCGAGUAACGGUGAGGAUGCAACUGAAGAGGUCCUUGAGCCA